AUGGCUGUUCGAGAUCAAGAUACGGCUUAUCCGCCAAGGUUAUCUUCGACAGUUUAUUCAGGAUCCACCUGCUCGAGAAGAAACUCGUCCCGCUGGGGCGGGCAAGAUCGACAACAGAGGCCACCAUUAAAUAAUCGAAUAGCAAUUGAAGAAAUUAAGAUAAUAGUUGGAGGCCCUCUACUAUCCGAUAAAGUCUUUUUGGCUGUGGACGAAAUUCCAACUCUAAAGAAAGCUCAUAUAGAUCACACCAUCACCUUUGAUGAUUCUGACUUGGAGGGAGUAAAAACCCCUCACCAAGAUCCUCUUGUUAUCAAUGCAGGCAUAGGUGACCCAUGCUACAAUGUUAAGAGAAUUCUCGUCGACAACGUUAGUUCUGUAGACAUCCUGUUCUACUCUACCUUCCUCAAUUUGGGUCUCGCCAGAGAGAAGCUUCAACCAACGACAGGUCCUUUAUACGGAUUUGAUAAUCGACCUGUGCGAGUAGAAGGGAUAAUCAGUCUCCCAGUUGUACUUGGAGAAUUCCCUUGGCAAUCUACACACUCUAUCCAGUUUGUCAUUGUAAAGUCCAAAUCGGCUUACAACGCUAUCUUCAGGAGGCCAUACCAACCAAUUUUUGGGAUUGUCACAUCUAUCCCUCACCUCAAGCUGAAAUUUUACACUCCGACAGGAGUUAUUGUGGUGUGUGGAGAUCAACAAACAGGGCAAACUGGCUAUCUCAGGCAGGUAAAAAUACACCCGACUGAUACUCUAAACAUUGAGGAUUUUGAUCUCCAGAACGAAGACAUACCUCAGAGAGCCUCUCCAAUAGAAGAACUCACCACUGUCAACCCGGCAAACAAACCGGUCAUUCAGAAGAAACGAAAUUUUGCACCAGAUUGUCAGCAGACAAUCGAACAAGAGGUGGACAAACUUCUGAAAGCCGUAUUCAUACGUGAAGUGCAUUAUCCUACUUGGAUGGCAAAUGUCGUCUUGAUGAAUCUAACUGAUGAAGAAGCAACAGCAUUUCAAAUAGACAGAGGGUUGUAUUGUUAUUGGGUAAUGCCCUUCGGGCUCAAGAAUGCUGGAGAAACUUACCAACGCCUCAUGAAUAAUGUUUUCAAAACCCUUAUUGGGCAUAACAUGGAGGUGUACGUUGACGACAUGUUGGUAAAGAGUCUCGAAAAAUCUCAACAUAUCUCUAACUUGGAGAAGUGCUUCCGCCUAUCGAGACGUUAUAAUAUGUCACUCAACCCCGCCAAAUGCGCCUUCGGAGUUGCUUCUGAAAAAUUUCUAGGUUUUAUGGUAACCCACAAAGGAAUUGAAGCCAAUCCCAAAAAGAUCAAGGCAUUAAGAGAUAUGGUGCCCCCGAAGAACAUCAAAGAAGUUCAAAGGCUGAAUGGGAGAAUUGCAGCAUUGUCUCGUUUCCUGGCACAUUUAGGAGACAAAUAUCUUACUUUCUUCAAAAUACUCAGAGGUGCCCUCAACUCUGGGUUUCAACAGACAGACGAAUGCCAAGAAGCCUUCGAACAUUUGUGA